AUGGCUUUUGUUGAUCGUCAACCAAUAAUAGAAAACUUUUCAAAAGAAAAAAUAUCAAUAAUUUUACCAAAUCAACAACAGCAGCAACAAAAUCAACAAAAUCAACAAAACCCUUUAAUCGAAGAACAAAAAACAAAAGAUUUACAAUCAAAAGAUGUGAACAUUACCAUAGAUCCUCGUGAUGUUAAUACUCCUGAUAAAUGGAUUCCAAGACAUCCUGAACUUAUACGAUUAACAGGAAAACAUCCUUUUAAUAGUGAAGCACCUUUACCAUUAUUAAUGGAACAAGGUUUUACAACGUCUACUUCUUUACAUUAUGUGAGAAAUCAUGGUCCUGUUCCAAAGAUUAGUUGGGAUACACACCGAUUAGUUGUUGAUGGACUCGUACCAAAAACCUUAAAUUUAUCGAUGGAUGAUAUUAUAAAAAUGCCAUAUCAAGAAUUUCCCGUAACUCUUGUUUGUGCAGGAAAUCGUCGUAAAGAACAGAACAUGAUUAAACAAACGGUUGGAUUCAAUUGGGGUACUAGUGCAAUAAGCACAUCAGUUUGGAGAGGUGUUCCAUUACGAUACAUUUUAAAAUUGGCUGGAUGUAGUCUUGAUAUUGAUUAUGAGGAACCUCGUCAUGUUUGUUUUUCUGGGGCAGAUAAAUUACCAAAUGGUUAUUACGGUACAAGUAUAACUUUAGAUUGGUCAAUGGAUGAUUCUCGGGAUGUUAUCUUGGCCUAUAAAAUGAACGGUGAAAUGUUGUCACCUGAUCAUGGUUACCCAUUACGUAUAAUUAUUCCUGGAGUUAUUGGUGGUCGUAUGGUUAAAUGGCUCUCAAAGAUAACUGUUUCAAAUAAAGAAUCAGACAGUUAUUAUCAUUAUUAUGAUAAUCGUCUUUUUCCACCAAAUGUUGAUUCUGAACGCGCUAAAAAAGAAGGAUGGUGGUAUAAUCCUGAAUAUAUUAUCUAUGAUUUAAAUAUUAAUUCUAUAAUAUCUUCUCCAGCGCAUGAUGAGCGUAUUCCUAUUUCAAGUUUCGUUAGUGUUAAUGAAUAUACUCUUAAAGGUUAUGCUUAUACUGGAGGUGGUCGUAAAGUUAAUCGUGUAGAAAUUAGUCUGGAUGAUGGAAAAACUUGGUUACUUACAAAUUUGGAUCAUCCAGAAAUCAACCAUCCUGAUGUUUUGAAACGACCAAACAAAUCAAUUCGUCGAUAUUGGUGUUGGUGUUUCUGGUCAUUAAAUGUUCCUUUAUAUUCUUUCAUUGGAUGUUCCGAAAUUAGAGUAAGAGCUUGGGAUGAGUCAAAUAAUACACAACCUGAAAAUCCUACUUGGAAUUUAACGGGAAUGAUGAACAACUGUCAUUUUAAAGUGAAAAUUAGUACUGUAACCAACGGAAAGGAUGUCGCAUUAAGAUUCGAACAUCCAACUCAAGCUGGUAGUAAUCCUGGCGGUUGGAUGGUUAAACAAGAACAACCAGCUUCUGAAACAAACGAUACUAUCAAAAAACCACCAGUUUUAACAAUAAAUAAUACUUCAAAAGGUCUCUUUACAAUGAAACAAGUGGAAAAACAUAACACUGAAGAAGAUUGUUGGAUCGUUAUCGAAAAGAAAGUUUAUGAUUGCACGAAAUUCCUUAAUGAUCAUCCUGGAGGUGUUGAUAGUAUUUUAAUUAAUGCUGGAACGGAUUGUACAGAAGAAUUUAACGCUAUUCAUUCUAUUAAGGCAAAGAAUAUGUUGGCCGAUUAUUAUAUUGGUGAUUUAACAGAAGAUUCUACUGUAACAUCAACAUCAUCAACAACCACAAUACCAAAAUCAAUAACGACUAAUGAAGAUUCACUUAUAGCGUUAAACCCUAAGGUGUGGUUAUCAUGCCCGUUUAUAGAAAAGAAAAUUAUAAGUCAUAAUACUCGUAUAUUCCGGUUUGCCCUUCAAUCAAAUAAACAUUCACUUGGUCUUCCAGUUGGAAAUCAUAUUUUCAUUCGGGCUUCGAUAAAUAGUCAAGCAGUUAUUCGUGCGUAUACACCGAUCACAACUUCACAUGAUCCACCAGGUUACAUCGAUCUUUUAAUAAAAGUAUACUUUAAGAAUGAAAAUCCCCAGUUUCCUGAUGGAGGACUUAUGUCACAAUAUCUUGAGUCACUAAAUGUUGGUGAUAAAAUAGAUAUAAAAGGACCAAUUGGAUCUUUUAACUAUAUUGGUCGUGGUCAAUAUCGAAUCAAGAGAGCAUCAAAUAACAAAAAUUGCAAGCAAAUAGGAAUGAUAGCAGGUGGUACUGGUAUAACUCCGAUGUACCAAAUAAUUAAAUCAGUUCUAAGUGAUCCUGAUGAUCCUACUGAAUUAUCUUUAAUAUACGCGAAUCGAACCGAAAAAGAUAUUUUAUUACGAAAUGAGUUGGAUGAACUUGUUAAACGUAAUCCACGGUUUAAAAUUUAUUACGUAUUAAGUAGACCCUCAAGUAAUUGGGAAUUUGGAACUGGAUACGUUACAGAAGAAAUUAUUCGAAAAAAUAUUUCACCUCCAUCACCUCCAUCACGUAAUAUUGCAUUAUUAUGUGGUCCUCCACCUAUGUUAGAAUCUUGUAUUCCAAAUCUAGAAAAAAUAGGAUUCGCCAAUGAUGAAAUUAUUAAGUUUUAACGUUAAGAAUUUUAAAGACUCAUGCUAAAUAUCAUUGUGUAAUAGAUUUAUACAUCACAUUAUAGCAUUAUAGCAUUUUUUUUUCCACAUAUAUUUAUAAUUGCAUUUUCUAGAAAAAAAAAAAAAUGAAACAGGAGAUCAUGUUUACAUAUUAUGAAAGAGACCAUAAAGGGGGGCGCAUUUUUAUAGAAUUGAAAUUAUUUAUUAUUUUUUUCUUUUUUUGUUGAAUCAUUAUUUAUGUUGUAAAAAUUUUUUUAAUUCAACAAUUAAAUCCAUUCUAUUUUACCAUC